AUGGGUCCAAAGGUCAUGGUCACCACAGCAGACCCCUUCGAGGAUGCCACCAACUCAGGAGAUGGCCACACAGGUAGCACCAAGACAAGUGAACCCGAGGCCAUGGACCUCAGCUCAUACCAGCAACCCAUGGACCUCGAUCACGAGGAGGAGCACAACGAUGAUGACGACGAGGGAAACGUCAGCAAAGCAGUACUGGAGCUCUCUGGAAUGGUUCAAGACCAUCCUGCUCGGAUACUAGCUGAUACCGGUGCUGGUUUGUCCAUAGUCUCAGAUUCUUUCAUUAGUAAGUACCAAAUACCCACAAAACCCAUAAAAACAAGAUCGAUCCAUGGUGUCACCAGACACCAACUCUCCAUCAAUAGUUCUGCGAGCAUGCAGGUAUCUAUUGGUACACACAAUCUGGGUGUGGUCAAAGCUUCAGUAGCCGACACUGCUGACUAUGACCUCAUCCUGGGGUUCACCAAGCUAUGGAGGCUCAAACCCACCAUACAAUGGGAUAUGCACCAGCUGGAGUUCAAGACUCAGGAGCAGGACCGACCCCCAAGGAGACCCCCUGAAGCAGCAAGAGCAGGAGACCUAACCAUGAGGAGACCAACCCUUCAUGGAAACGAGUUUGUCUCAGCAGAGCACAUACUGCAAGCAGCUCUAGAAGAUGGACCCAUAGGGUUCAUGCUGUUGGAGGAGCCACCAUCAUCACUCCUGGCCUUUGCUUUUGUACCUACAGGCACAGACAAAGGAGUAGAGAUGGAGGUAGAGGUGGACAAGGUGGUGAUGGCUGCAGAUAUACCAAAGCCAUACCAACACCUGCGAGAUGUGUUUGAUGAAGUGGAAGCAAACAAGCUGCCCCAUCAUACCAAGCAUGAUCUCCACCUCGAGUUGUUAGAAGGAGGUAAGCCACCUCAAGGGCCCCUGUACCUUAAGGGGCCCAAGGAGAUGUCCAAGUUGAGGAGGUACUUGGAUGAGAACCUCAAGAAGGGGUUCAUAAGACCAUCAAAGAGCCCAGCACAAUCACCAGUGCUCUUCGUACCAAAGAAGGAUGGAGGUCUCAACGAGAUCACUGUCAAGAACAGGGCACCACUGCCCCUCAUCGAGGAGCAGCUGUUCUUACUCAGGAAGGCAAGGAUCUAUACCAAACUAGACCUUAGAGCAGCAUACAACCUCAUCCGGAUUGCUAAAGGAGAUGAAUGGAAGACAGCUUUUGGCACUCAGUUGGGACUCUAUGAGUACCUAGUGAUGCCCUUUGGCCUAGCUAAUGCUCCAGCUCACUUCCAGUCAUUCAUCAAUGACAUCUUCUGA